UAUUUAUUCCACGGAUAAUUAACAUCCCACUACCGUUGGUCCUUCGUCUUUACCUCUUUUGGACCUCCAGCUUGCCAUACAAAAACAACAAUGGCGUCUUCUGCGGAUGUUCACGUCCGAAUUUGCGCACAAGAAAUUAUCAAAUAUGAUCUGGAAAUUAAAGCUCUCAUUCAGGACAUCAGGGAUUGUCCAGGACCUCAGUCUGCUCUUGUGGAGCUCAAUGCUCAGGUCAAAGAGAAAUUCAACAAGCUGAGGCUCAGAAUUCAGGUCAGGCCUCAGCUACACAUCCACACGGUGCUGCAUCUGACAGGGUUUUGGGUUUUUUUGCUUAAUAUUGGAUCUGUGUCAUGUGAUGCCAUGAUGUUGUUGUUUUUUUGUUUCUUCCAGGAUCUGGAGCAGAUGGCCAAAGAGCAGGACAAAGAGUCAGACAGAGUGGCCAUCCAAACAGAGACCGAGAGCCAAUGGAAGCAGAUGCUGAGCAACCAGACAGCGUGGAGAAAAGCUAACCUGGCUUGUAAACUUGCCAUAGAUAACAUGGAGAAGGACGAACUGCUGCAUGGUGAGGAAAACCACAACACCAGACAGAGGAAAGCAACCAAGGAAAAUUUAGUGGAAACCAGCAGCAACAUCACAGAGAGUCUGAUGUCUAUCAGCAGGAUGAUGUCUGAACAGGUGAAGCAGAGUGAGGACACCAUUGGCACUCUAGCCACCUCAUCCAGGACGGUGCAGGAAACCAACGAGGAGUUUAAAAGCAUGACAGGAACCAUUCACCUGGGCAGGAAGCUCAUCCUGAAGUACAACCGGCGGGAGCUGACAGACAAGCUGCUCAUCUUCCUUGCACUAGCCCUCUUCUUUGCCACUGUCCUCUACAUCCUCAAGAAACGUCUCUUCCCCUUCAUUUAGUCGGCCGCCUGGGUCUGUUUUUCCUCAAGGACGUGGGGACUGGCUUGGAAUGAGUUACCACAGUGAAUUGUAGGAGGUAUGAAGUAGAAGCAUGAACCACACGGACUCUUAGAAGCAGCACUGAAACUGGACUGUAGCACACAGAGGCGGCGUGAAGUGGGAACGUGUUACUUCUUACAUAUAAUAUGCAAUAUGAAGGGUUGGAAAAUAUCUGAAGCUCAAGAUCCACUUCAGCAGUGAAAGGAGCAAAGUGAGUAAAACUGACAUCCAGAGUUUCAUAGAAAACAUUAAGAAGCCACAGCCUGCCUCGAGUAGAUAUGGUUAUACAAUGCAUUGUCAAAAGUUUGAACGCAUGUUGCAAAUGGUCACAGUUGAAGAAGGGAUCUGCUGCUUUUUAGCCUUUUCCUUGAUGCCUCACACUGCCUCCCUGGUGUUACAGUAAGGACUCUGUUAUCUUAAUGUGACCAUUUCUAUCAUUCUGGAUGAUGGGUCUUUUUCAGAAAGCCUGAACUUGAGGAAAUUCAUGUGUUUACAUUGAAAUUUACAUUAAAUUGAAGUAAAUACAGAGAGCUUAAAGGUUCAGAUGCUCAUAUUUGCCAAAUUGUGUGCAGUUUUUGAAAUGUUGAUACCUUGAAGCACACUGUAGGUUUAAUAAUGCAAUAAGACAGCAUCUAAAGAUCAGCAGCCUGUAUGCUCAUGUAAUAUCUCUUUGUACCCCUUCAGUCCAGCGUAAAAGGAAGAAAAGGUAGUCUGUGAUUCUGCCCUCAUGUCAGUCAUGUUGAAAGGUUGGGCGUUAGAGACUAAAGCAAGGGACCACUGGAGGCUUGUUUUAAGCCUCGAUUGCUGCAAAUAAACAAAAUCCAUCCAAAGAGGUGAUCUGCGUGAUAAAAUGUUUCAGCUUAUGCAAAAUAUUCACGUCCUCCAAGCGGAGGGCAACCUUAUUUGAAUUCAGCUGGAGCUUCACUUUUACACAGAGAUGGGAAGAAAAGAGGGGGACAGAAAAGUGAGCAACAUUGUAGGACUCCAUCUACUCCUGUUGAGUCAUGGUUGGUUUCUGAGCUGUAGUAGUAUCUUCUGACUUAACCAGCCUUUAAUUCUACAGCUUAAGAGAAAAGGGGGAGAAAAAAAAAAAAAAAAAAAAAAAAAAAAAAAAAAAAACCAACCCCAAAGCGGGUUGCCCUCCUAGUGUCCAGUACCUUUAAUUCAGAACUAGUCAGGGUCAUGGUUGCAAAAUGCACCAACCUUUGUUUUUGUUUGCUUUUGUUAUAAAGUGAAUGUGCUCAGAAGUGUAUUUAGUGUAAAUUUUUUUUUUUUUUUUAAACCUCAUGCCUUGCUUCCAAACUACUGAACCAGUAAUCCAAUGAAUGAUUGUUGCCCUAAAGGUGUCAGAUUGUGUGAAUGUUGAACAAAAGCCCCGUGGGUUUGAGUUCAUUUAAAAGUCUCAAGCACCAGCAGAUGUCUUAAAACUCAAAAUAAGUUUGAACUGCAGUGCUGUUAAAAGACUUGUUCAACAGGAUAGGACUAAUUUAAAUAACACACUUCUGUUUGUUCAUCAGUAUCACUUUAUUUUAAUAAAAUUCAAAUAACUGUUCAGAGUUUGUGAUCCAUUGGAGAGGAAAAAAAAAAAAAAAAAGUACAACAUUCGACACCAGAGGUCUGUAUGAAAUGUGAACAAGUGAACAUUAAAAAUACAUUUCUAACACA